AUGAUGAAUUUCAUUCAACGUUGGCUUUUCUCAACAAACCAUAAAGAUAUUGGUACAUUAUAUCUUAUUUUUGGUGCUUUUUCUGGAGUUUUAGGAUCAUGUUUCUCCCUUUUAAUUCGUAUGGAAUUAGCACAACCUGGAAAUCAAAUUUUAGGAGGAAAUCAUCAAUUAUAUAAUGUGUUAAUUACAGCACAUGCAUUCCUUAUGAUUUUCUUUAUGGUAAUGCCCGCUCUUAUUGGUGGAUAUGGUAAUUGGUUUGUACCAAUUAUGAUUGGUGCACCUGAUAUGGCAUUCCCACGUUUAAACAAUAUUAGUUUCUGGCUACUCCCUCCUUCAUUAUUACUUCUCUUAAGCUCAGCUUUAGUUGAAGUAGGUGUAGGAACUGGAUGGACAGUUUAUCCCCCACUGAGUCAUAUUACAAGUCACUCAGGAGGUGCUGUAGAUUUAGCUAUCUUUAGUUUACACGUUUCAGGUGCAAGUAGUAUCUUAGGAGCAAUCAAUUUUAUUACAACCAUCUUUAAUAUGCGUGGACCUGGAUUAUUAAUGCACCGAUUACCAUUAUUUGUAUGGAGUGUUUUAAUUACAGCAUUUUUACUUCUUCUCUCAUUACCUGUACUUGCAGGAGCUAUUACAAUGCUAUUAACCGAUCGAAACUUUUCAACCAGUUUCUUUGAUCCAAGUGGUGGAGGAGACCCUAUUCUAUACCAACAUUUAUUUUGGUUCUUUGGGCAUCCGGAAGUCUAUAUUCUUAUUUUACCUGCUUUCGGAAUUGUAAGUCAUGUGAUUUCAACAUUCUCUCGAAAAGCUAUUUUUGGACAAAUUGGAAUGGUAUAUGCCAUGUUAAGUAUCGGAUUACUUGGUUUUAUUGUUUGGGCACAUCAUAUGUAUACAGUAGGUCUUGAUGUAGAUACACGUGCAUAUUUUACAGCAGCAACCAUGAUUAUUGCAGUGCCAACAGGGAUUAAAAUCUUUAGUUGGAUUGCUACAGCAUGGGGUGGAUCAAUUCAUUUACGAACACCUAUGUUAUUUGCAAUUGGGUUUAUCUUCUUAUUUACAGUAGGUGGACUUACAGGAGUUAUUCUUGCAAAUGCUGGAAUUGAUAUUGCAUUACACGAUACAUACUAUGUAGUUGCUCAUUUCCAUUAUGUACUCUCAAUGGGUGCUGUAUUUGGAUUAUUUGCAGGAUUCUACUAUUGGAUUGGAAAAAUCUCUGGAUAUCAAUACCCAGAAACCUUAGGACAAAUCCACUUUUGGUUAUUUUUUAUUGGUGUAAACCUUACAUUCUUCCCAAUGCACUUCCUUGGAUUAGCUGGAAUGCCACGACGUAUCCCAGAUUAUCCAGAUGCUUUUGCACAGUGGAAUGUCAUCUGUAGUUAUGGAUCUUACUUAUCAAUCUUAGCAAGUCUCUUUUUCUUUUAUGUUGUAUUUGCUACCUUAACCGGUAAUGAUGUAUGUGAAGAAAAUCCAUGGGCUUUUGAUGAUGAAGAUACAUCUGUAUCUACACUUGAAUGGACAACUCUAUCACCACCAGCAUUUCACACGUUUGAAGAAAUUCCAGCAGUGAAAGAAACACAAUUUAACUUAUUACAAAAAUAA